AAUAUAUUUGUGACCAACUCUAGGGUUUUGGUUCUUUCUUUUCAUAUAUAAGCGUAGAGAGAACCGUGAAUUGCCGCCGCAGAAGAAUCAGAAGUCGUCAGCUCCGGAACACCUGCAAACAUGGCAAGAGGAUUGAAGAAGCAUCUAAAGAGGCUCAAUGCCCCCAAACAUUGGAUGCUUGACAAACUUGGCGGUGCCUUCGCCCCCAAGCCAUCUUCUGGACCUCACAAGUCGAGGGAGUGUCUUCCUCUUGUCCUAAUCAUCAGGAACAGGUUGAAGUAUGCUUUGACAUACCGUGAAGUGAUCUCCAUCCUGAUGCAGAGGCACAUCCAAGUUGAUGGAAAAGUGAGGACUGACAAGACGUACCCUGCUGGGUUCAUGGAUGUUGUAUCGAUCCCCAAGACAAAUGAGAACUUCCGUCUUCUGUAUGACACCAAGGGACGUUUCCGUCUUCACUCCAUCAGGGACGAGGAAGCUAAGUUCAAGCUUUGCAAGGUUAGGACUAUCCAGUUUGGGCAGAAGGGAAUUCCUUACCUGAACACUUAUGAUGGUCGCACUAUCCGUUACCCUGACCCGCUCAUCAAGCCAAACGACACCAUCAAGCUGGAUCUUGAGGAGAACAAGAUUGUGGAGUUCAUCAAGUUUGACGUGGGAAACGUUGUGAUGGUGACUGGAGGCAGAAACAGAGGGCGUGUGGGUGUGAUUAAGAACCGUGAGAAGCAUAAGGGAAGCUUCGAGACGAUACACAUCCAAGACUCAACAGGUCAUGAGUUUGCCACAAGGUUGGGCAAUGUGUUCACAAUCGGCAAAGGAACGAAGCCGUGGGUGUCUCUUCCAAAGGGCAAAGGUAUUAAGCUGUCCAUCAUUGAGGAAGCCAGGAAGAGGCUUUCUGCACAACAAGCUGCUUAAAAAACGUGAAUCAUCAAAGGCCGUUUCGUGUUACUCUUGUGUUAUAGACUCGCUUCUUGCCUCAGUUUUGAAGCUUUUUCCUAUUUCAUGUUGUUGGUUUGCAAGACCCGGUUAUAAAAAAACAGCUGAAAAUUCCAUUAGAGCGUUUUGUAAUGUUUGUAUGGAUUUUAGUAAUUUACUCAUUAAAUUCAGUUGACUUAAAUAAAUUAAAA